UGUCCCGUGGAAGAGCUCCGCGAACCUGAGUGUAUAUCUGUCGUUGGCCCUCCGUUCUCUUGCAAAAGAAUUUUUUUUUCUCAUCGCGGACGUUGUUUGGUAACCGCGUCUACAACACAGUGUUACAAGCAAAUCAUUUAGAAUAAAAGAGGAACCAUUAAUCGAACGGAUGUUGAGGAUUUGACAAAGGAUUUUAUGAACCACAGGUGCGUUCUCGUUUGUAAAUAAUGAGAUCAAUUUUCAUCUUUCGUUAGAGCAAAGUUUUUCAAGUGAAGAAACAAUCUAAGGCGAAUUGCUAAUCCGCAGCAAAGCAGAUCGUCGUCGUCCACACAGACGCAUUAUUAUCUUUCGUUCCCGUGCAAGCAUCCUGACAAGCAGAUAUUUAAAUGCGAUCUAGCUUUAGUGACAACAUGGGGCCAACCGUCAAGGAUUCUCCUCCAAGUAGCCCUGGCUCGGAAAGUAUGAGUAGUGCUACGUCGGGUCGACGGAAAAGACGAACGAACGAGAGCAGCUCGUCGACUUCAACGUCUCAGAGUUUCUCACACUCGACACAGUAUACACCAAUGGAACCUAAGUACCAACCAAAAGAGGAAAAAGAGUCAAAACUCUUUGACAACGGAGUGAACGCACCUCACAUGUUGGGAAAUCAAUUGAAUCCCAAUUCGUCAAUGGCACAGAAAAUGACUGACACACUCAAUCAGGAAAUGAAGGCACACUCGAUUUUUACCGAAGCCGGUAAUUCGAGCAUGAACAACUUAGUUGGACCACCUCUGCACAGUCGUGUCAUCGCCUCAGCCAAAGCAAGUCAGAAUGCCACUGUGGCGCAGUUCUCGACGAAUUUCUCAGCAAACAAUGCCGCUAGUACUUCCACUAACAGUGGAGUAUUGGGUAGUGGUACAAUCCCACAAACUUUAGAUCAAUUGCUGGAGAGACAAUGGGAGCAAGGCAGUCAGUUUUUGAUGGAUCAAGCGCAACAUUUCGAUAUUGCAUCUCUGCUGUCGUGUCUUCAUCAAUUGAGAGCUGAGAAUUUAAGACUUGAAGAAAAUGUAAAUAGUUUACUGCAGAGGAGGGAUCAUUUGCUUGCUGUUAAUGCCAGGCUAGCAAUACCACUAACCUCGCCAUCAAAUAACAGUGGCCAUGCGAAUGUGGUUGAGAACGGAAUGCCGCCAAGCUCAUCCGCUGAAGUAGCAAAUCAUCCGCAAUUCGCUCAUAGGCCGUCAUCAGUGAAUCCUCCACAGCAAAGUACGACGAUUCGGCAUGCAUCAGGUGCCAGUAAUUAUCAGAGUCAAUCGAGCAAUUUGAUUGCUCAAAAUAAUUCAAAUAAUUCGAACUUGAUUAGAAAUGCGUCGGUUGACAUGAUGCGAAAUAUCCAAAGAUAAACGGUUUUUUUCCUUUUCUAUUUUAAUUUUUAUAACUGUAAAAGUAAUUUAGAUUGUUAAUAAUGUAUUGUAAGGAAACUUUUAUUUUAAUUAGUAAGUAGGUUCGCGACAACUGCCUUUUUUUAUCCUGUCAGUUAUUAUUUAUAGUGUAACAUUUUCUAUAUUGAAUUAUAUAAAUUUUUGUGUUUUAGAAUUAGAUAUGAUAAUUUUUUAAAUAAUUUACAGAAUAAAAUUAUAAAUAUGUAUAGAAGUCUUAUUAAAUUAUGAUAUCUUUUCAGCUGCUACUUUGAAACUAAAUUUAUGAGACUGUAAUUUGAUGGCUAAGUUGUAAGUUCAAACAUUGAAAUAUUAGGCGAUUUCUGAUUUUGAUACUUAGGUAAUUGUAUCGAUCUGGUGUAUGCUCCAGUGUACAUUCAGUUUAUGCAUUACAUUGACUUGUAAAGGUAGCAGUAAAAGAGAUAUUGUCAAACGCAAGGACAUACCGUAAGAACCGAACUCUCGACAAUUAGCAAAUUAUACUUGAAUUUAUAUGGAAUCUGUAUGUAAAAGUAUUUUAUAUGAAGCAUUUAUUUUUUGAUUUUUUUUAGUUCACCGAUUGUCAUUAAAAAAUAUAAUUUUAAUUUUAAGAACAUUUACAAAAUCUAUAUUUUAGUUGCACUCUAUCAACAUACUUGAUUUGAAAUGCAUUUGCAAUAGAUGUUCCGACAUAUGGAUUACUUAUUCGUCGACCUUAAUUAAAAAAUGAGAGUAAGAUUUAUUUAUUUUGUAUUAAAUUUUAUUAAAAUCAAACAAUUAAUAUAUAUUCUUAACUAUACCCAUUUUUUUUGUGAUUGUUUCUCGUCUGUUUGCAACGAAAGUGAGAUAUAUUUGGAAACAUUUAUUAGUUCAUUUUAAAAAUUGAUUAUUGAACUUUUAAGAUUCAUUAUAUGAGUGACACGUAACAAUCAAAAAUAGUUAAACUAUCAGUAAGUCUUACUCAUAAUAAAAAUUAUAUGAAACAUGUACAGCAGAAAUAAUAAUUGGAAAAGUAAUUUUUCUAUCAGUUUGAAAAUUCUUUGAAUUAUUUAGAUAGCAAAAAUUAGUAGUACUGCAAAAAUAAUUGAAAGAGAAAUAUGUGAAUGUAGAAUACUUCAUGUCAUUAAUGUUCAAAAGUGUAUUUGAGAAAAACCUUUUUUUAGCUGAAAAUGAAUUAAUAAAAAAAUUUCUU